UCACCGGAAGUGAAACUUGUUUACAGUUUGUUACCUGCAGUUCAGCUGCCUCCAUGUGUUGAGGCAGUGUGUCAGCUGAUAUGUCAGACGGGUGACACUACGGCUGCUCCGAUGGACUAAUGUUGCUAUCCCCAAACAUGACCCUGGUGGCAACAGUAUAUGAUUCUUGGUGCCACUAAUAUGGAUUAUGAAAGUGACACAGAAAGAAAACUGUCUCCCACUUUGGCCAAGUCUAGAGCUCUGGAGAAUGCUAUCAUCAACAAUAGUUCCAGUGAACUGGACGGCUUGCUCAAACACAUCAAUGUCAACCUACCUCUUAACGACCGCCAGGAAACUGCUCUGAUCCUUGCAGUCAAACUCAGUCAUAUUGAUAUGGUCCAGAUCUUGCUCAAACAGAAACACUGUGAUAAAAAUUAUGUAAACAUUAGCAACUGUUCUCCGCUGGAUCUAGCACUGGUGACAACUUUUGACAACCGGCUAGAACCUCGCCAUGAGAUAUGUUGGCAGAUUGUGUCGGUUCUGUUGGAGAAUCAUGCAGAACCAGUGCGCAAGGAUGCCAUGAUGUAUGUGAUUCGCACAGCACUCAAAAUUGAGGACAAUGACUUUAUCUUCCGUAUUAUCGACACGUGCAUAGCUCAUGCAACAUCCCUACAGUUCCACGAGCUGCUGCUUCAGAAGCUGCACAGGCAUCAGCCCAUGUGUGCUGGGAUCAUAGACCCCUUCCUGCAACACUCGGCAGACUUCACUGUCAAACUCUUGAAGAUUGUCAAUGGUGAAAAUCUGUGUGUUGUUUUCAAUUCGUUUGAAUACUACAAAGAAUCUCACUGGGCCUGCAGAGAGACCAAGGCAUCCGUAUUCAAAAAACUGAUCCUUUAUGUGAGUGGGGCGGGGUGGCAUUACACAAAGGCGGAUGUGAGUGUCAUCAAGAAGAUCUGUCCCGAGACAGCUAGGUGGUGCUGGAGAUACGAGAGCAGUCCCCUGUCCCUGAGGCAUCACUGUCGGGUCACAGUCAGACGAAGUUUCACUUGUUUUGUACCUGAUGCCCUGGAUCAGAUGCAGCUUCCAGACACCAUUAAGAACUAUAUUUUGUUAGGAGAAAUUGACUUCUUGUUUAAGACAAAGGCCAUGAUGCUUGAUGAUUUCAUGUUUUAAUGUUCUUCACAUUGUGAAUAACCUCAGUGCCAUGUGGAACGCUGACAGGAAGUGAAUAGGGCAGAGCUUGAUACUGCGUCUACUGUGGUGCUGAUGAACAAGCAGGGUAUUCAUUCUCGGAGAUCAGCAAGUAUAUGCUGACCUCCAUUAGUAGUUUCAUGAACAGAGAGAUGGACGUUCUCAGGCUGCCAGACAAAAUAUGAACAGCGAUGAAAUCAGUCUAUGUUUGCUUUAAGACAAACAUUAAAGUUUUCACAAAACCAUCCUUUUUUUCUCCAUCCUAAGACAUUAUGUGAGUAUGUAAGCGCAGAUAGAACUCCAAUAAAACAUGGGUAAGGAA